UGUGACAGAUCACUUCUCGCGAGAAGUCACUGUGGCCAGAAGUAAUGGAGGUCGGUGGUAACGGCGCAGGGCUACCUGUAAACAAUAAACAGAGAGCCAUGCUGCCAAACAAGAGUAGAGGCGAGUUUACCCGCAACCCAAGAAAAGAUUCCGAGGGUCUGUCCGAGUCUCCAGAUUUGGAGUUUGAAUAUGCUGACACAGACAAGUGGGCUGCAGAACUGUCAGAACUGUACAGUUAUACAGAAGGACCGGAGUUUGCCCUGAACAGAAAGUGUUUUGAGGAAGAAUUUCGAGAACAUGUGUCUGAAAAGAAGUGGACAGAGCUCGAUGAAGACCAGCACAGAGCUCAUGCCAUGCGCCUGUUGGACAGUCUGGAGGUAAUUGCCAGGGAGAAGAGGCUGAAGGUUGCAAGAGCAAUUCUAUAUAUGGCUCAGGGAACAUUUGCUGAGUGCAGCUCUGAGGCUGAGGUGCAACAUUGGAUGAGAUACAAUAUUUUCCUGCUCUUGGACGUGGGGACCUUCUCUGCUCUGGUGGAACUACUCAACAUGGAGAUCGAUAACAGUGCUGCCUGUAGUAGUGCUGUGAGAAAACCUGCCAUCUCCCUGGCGGACAGCACAGAUCUCCGGGUGCUGCUCAACAUCAUGUACCUGAUGGUGGAAACGAUCCAACAGGAGGACAUGGCUGACAGACCGGAGUGGAAAAUAAUCAGGGAAACCUUCAGAGCAGAAUUAGGUUCUCCUCUGUUCAACAACGAGCCCAUCUCUGUCAUGCUCUUUGGAAUGGUUACUAAGUUCUGCAGCGGACACGCCCCUCACUUCCCAAUGAAGAAAGUGUUGUUACUCUUGUGGAAGAGCAUACUUUUCACACUUGGUGGCUUUGAGAAGCUUCAGAGCAUAAAGGUUUGUAAGCGUGAGGAGCUGGGUCUGCCUCCUCUGCCGGAGGACUGCAUUCGAGUCAUACGCAGCAUGAGAGCGGCUUCUCCUCCCGCGUCAGCGUCCGACCUCAUAGAGCAGCAACAGAAACGUGCACGCCGUGAACACAAGGCUCUGAUCAAGCAGGACAACCUGGAUGCCUUCAACGAAAAAGACCCGUACAAAGCUGACGAUGCUCGCGAUGAUGAGGACGACAGCGAUGACAACGACAACUCUUUAGAGCCUGAGACUUUCCCCCUGGAGAGGGACGAGGUGAUGCCCCCACCUAUUCCUCACCCUCCGUCUGAGAGGGUCUCCUUUCCUAAAGGUCUGCCGUGGGCUCCUAAAGUCAGAGAAAAAGACAUUGAAAACUUUCUGGAGUCUAGUCGAAGUAAAUUCAUUGGUUACACACUCGGGAGUGACACAGACACAGUUGUUGGUUUACCCAGACCCAUUCAUGAGAGCAUUAAGACGUUAAAGCAGCACAAGUACAUCUCCAUAGCUGAGAUCCAGAUCUCCAAAGAGGAGGAGUUCCAGAAAACCCCUCUGUCGGUCGGUGAAGAAGAUGUGGAGAUGAGCUCCACCGAGCUGCUCUAUCAGGGAAUUCUACCCAGUUUGCCUCAGUACAUGAUCGCUCUGCUGAAGAUCCUCCUCGCGGCAGCUCCAACAUCCAAAGCCAAAACCGACUCCAUCAACAUCCUGGCGGACGUUCUCCCAGAGGAGAUGCCGACCACAGUGCUGCAGAGCAUGAAACUGGGUGUGGACGUCAAUCGACACAAAGAGAUCAUCGUGAAGGCCAUCUCUGCCAUCCUGCUGCUGCUCCUCAAACACUUCAAACUCAACCACAUUCUGUCUUUCGAGUACAUGGCUCAACACCUGGUGUUCGCCAACUGCAUUCCUCUCAUUCUGAAGUUCUUCAACCAGAACAUCAUGUCUUACAUCACAGCUAAGAACAGCAUUUCAGUCCUUGACUUCCCUUACUGUGUUGUACAUGAGCUCCCAGAGUUAACUGCUGAGAGUUUGGAAGCGGGAGACAACAAUCAGUUUUGCUGGAGGAAUCUGUUUUCCUGUAUUAACCUGCUGAGGAUUCUCAACAAACUGACCAAGUGGAAACACUCCAGGACCAUGAUGUUGGUUGUGUUCAAGUCGGCUCCCAUCCUGAAGAGGGCGCUGAAAGUAAAGCAAGCCAUGAUGCAGCUCUACGUUCUGAAACUGCUCAAAGUCCAGACCAAAUACCUGGGACGUCAGUGGAGGAAGAGCAACAUGAAGACGAUGUCAGCCAUCUAUCAGAAGGUCCGACAUCGUCUCAAUGACGACUGGGCGUAUGGAAACGAUCUGGACGCCCGUCCCUGGGACUUCCAGGCCGAGGAGUGCGCUCUGAGGGCCAAUAUCGAACGCUUCAACAGUCGUCGCUACGACAAAAGUCACAGCAAUCCGGACUUCCUGCCUGUGGACAACUGUUUGCAAAGUGUCCUCGGACAGCGGGUGGACCUGCCUGAAGACUUUCAGAUGAACUAUGACCUGUGGCUGGAGCGUGAGGUCUUCUCCAAACCUAUAUCCUGGGAAGAACUGCUGCAGUGAGAACCAUCGUCGUGACAUCAUUUGUUUUCUUCAACUACAUCAGUUUGAGUCGGGAGAUUAUGGUCAGUGGUUCAGAUCUCAGUGAAAACGUCAUGUGACGUGUGUUUUGUACAGACUGUAGACUAUGGGUCCCCAAUCCCUGGUGCGGGGACCGGUGCCGGUCCGUAGGUCAUUCGUUACCGUUUCCGUUUUAUUUUGAAAAUAUAAUGAUCCUUUGACGAUAGUGUGGUAUUACUGGUCCACAGUAACAGGUGAUACCGACAGACUGGUGCCUGGUACAGACCGCUGCUUUAGACCACGGUUGGACUCCAGGUCUACCUUCAGUUAUUACCAUGGGUAGGUCUGGGCCUCUGUUUUUACCAGAGCUACAACCAAACGCUCUGAUGUGAUGAACUGAUGCCUUUGAGAACAACAGUGUUUUGUUUUAGUUUUUUUAAGUCAUUUGACCUUUUACCACACUUUACCACUACUUGUUGACUCCUUGUGGCUCCACCUGGUACUGCAGGUCAAUAACCUUCAGCACUACACCGGAGUGUGUUUUUACUGAGCUGUGAUGUUUCUAAUGUGAGGAGGUCGACGACUGUUAAGAAACAGGCUUCUCAUCCGUGAUUUCUCUUCAACACAAAUAUUAACUUCUUUAUUAACAAACAUUCGUCACAUCCUUCCUGCUGUUGAUUUAAAUUUCUCCGUCUACAAACCUUACUCUGGGACCAUUCUCUAAAAACAUUCAUUCAUUUUUUUUAUGUUUUAUUGUUUUGUACAUCAAAGUUAUUAUUUUAUUUAUCCACUGUAGUUGCCAUUACCUCAAUGUGUGGAACAAAAAAAUAUAUAUAUUCAAUCGCCAACUUUGGUUUCCUUUUUCUCUCCCACAUGAUUUGAACUGAACUUAUUGGUUAUGAAAAAAUAAGUUGCCUUGUAUACAACAAUCUUCUCUGAGCUUUUCUACCUUUUGACUUUUUUUGUUUGUUUUAUUUUAAAGCGUAGGCAAACAAAAAAACACACGUGUAAAUUGGUGAACCUGUUAAUCACAGCCUUGUGUUGUUUGUAACAUCUGAAAUACUGUAAUAAAAGUUUGCUGCCAUUCACUUGACAUGGUAUCAGUUUUAAAAAGCA